UUUUUAAUCUCACACUUUACAAAUAUCACGUUACACACUGCAAGAACUAAACCAAGAGAACUUACACUUUAAAGAAAUCAAGAAAAAAUGUGGGUCCUCCUUUUAACAUCGUUGUUGAUCUCAUUUUCAGGUUCAGUGAAAUCUUUUCAUCUGCCAUCCGGCAUAGAUCAGCAGAAUGUUCUUUAUGACUACCACUCAGAUUUCCAUAUCUGCCAGACACCUGGAUGCGUCAAAGCAGCUGCUGACAUCUUGACCAAUUUGGACGAAACCGUGGAACCUUGUAACGAUUUUUAUCAGUUUGCGUGCGGUGGCUGGCUGAAGAAUCAUGACAUUCCUGAGGACCAAGUUUCGGUUUCUACUUUCUCAGGAGUUCAAGAUGAUCUUGACCUGAAACUCAAAGCUCUGUUAGAAAAAGAGUUGACAGGAAAGGAGCCUGAUUUCAUCCAGAUGAUAAAAUCAAUGUAUGACAGCUGCAUGGAUUUAAACAGCAUUGAGAAAGUAGGCAGCAAACCUUUGAAGAACGCCCUGAGCAGCCUUGGUGGUUGGCCAGUGGUAGAAGGUGAAGGUUGGGAUGAAGCCUCCUUCGACUGGAUUGACACUUUGAUUCGGUUCCGUAGGAUGGGCUAUAGUUUUAACUCCUUGAUGGUUUUGUCUGUCUCUGUGGACAUAAGGAACAACACGGCUCAUAAUAUAGCGUUGGAUCAAGCAUCAUUAGGAUUGCCAGAUCGCACAUAUUUGAUGCGAGGAUUAGAUGAUCCUGUCACGGCUGCUUAUUUCAGAUUUAUGGUAAAAGCAGCUAAUAAACUGGGUGCAGAUGAGCUUACAUCAGAAGCAGAGCUUCUGGAAGCCUUCAAAUUCGAAACUAUGCUCGCCAAUAUCUCUGCUCCAAAAGAAGAAAGACGAAACAUUGGGAGUCUGUACAACAAAUACACAGUUAAAAAGCUUAUGGAACAAGUACCACAGAUUGAUUGGCUGAAAUACAUCAAUGGACUAAUGAAUGAUAAAAUCUUUGAAAAUGAAACUUUGAUUGUUGUUAAUCCAAAUUUCAUCACGAGAUUUGCUGAUCUGAUCACAAAAACGAAUAAGAGGGUGGUGGCCAAUUACAUGAUGUGGAGAGCUGUUAAAGAAUCUGCUGAUGAACUAUCUUCAGAGUGGAGGACGCUAAUUCAGGAGUAUUCCUCUGUGACCUCUGGAAACCAGCAAGAAGAGCCACGGUGGAAACAAUGCCUUCAGACUUUUAGUGGUAGCCUGAAUAUUGCCCUCAGUUCCUACUACGUGCGUGAAUACUUUAAAGAGGAAAGCAAAGACGCUGCACGAAAGAUGGUUAAAUAUAUCCAUCAGGAAUUCUUAAACAUUCUGGAAAAAAUAGACUGGAUGAAGAAAGAAACAAAAAGAGAAGCCAUAGAAAAGGCCUUUGCAAUGAAGCCGUAUAUUGGGUAUCCACCAGAGCUUUUGAAGAAUUCAUAUCUAUCUAACUUGUACGAAAAUCUUAAAAUUACUAAUGAAAGUUACUAUAAAAACUCAAAGAAAAUAAGGAGAUGGGAAACUGAUUUCGUUUUCUCUGAACUUCGGAAACCUAACAUGAAAGGAGACUGGAGGGAUCACGCAAGUGUUGCGAUUGUAAACGCUUUUUAUAGUCCAUUGGAGAAUAUCAUUGUACUUCCUGCUGGAAUUUUACAACAUCCCUUAUUCAACAAGGAGCGACCAAAUUACCUGAACUUUGGAGCCAUUGGUUUUGUGAUUGGUCAUGAAAUUACUCAUGGAUUCGACGAUACAGGUCGGCAAUUUGAUAAAGAUGGUAAUAACGUGAAUUGGUGGGACCAGAGUACAGAUAAGCUUUUCAGAAAGAAAGCCCAGUGUAUCAUAGAACAAUACGGUAAUUAUACUGCUGAAAAUGGUAUGAAGCUAAAUGGCAUUAACACACAAGGAGAAAAUAUAGCCGAUAAUGGAGGACUGAAAGAAGCUUAUAUGGCAUACCAAAAAUGGGUAAGACACAAUGGAAUAGAGCUAAAGCUACCAGGAUUGAAGUAUACGCAAAACCAAUUGUUCUGGAUCAGUGCAGCUAACGCAUGGUGUGAGAAAAUAAGACCAGAAAUUCUGUCCAUGUACAUUAUUACGGAUACGCACAGUCCAUCAAAAUUUAGAGUGAAUGGGCCAAUGUCUAAUCUACCAGAGUUUGCGGAAGACUUUCACUGCACUUUAGGUUCUCCAAUGAAUCCAGAAGACAAGUGCACAGUUUGGUAAAUAGAGGAUUGAACAAACUGGAAUCCCAUAACACGUUUUACUAUCGCAAUUGGUUACUUUGUCACCUUUGGUGUUCACAUUGUAACUUCGUGUACAAGCGCUAAAAAUACUAGCUCAAAACUGUUGUGGACAAAUUUAUAGCUACUACUCAUUCUUUUUAUUUAAAUAAAAUCUGUUUAAAUCUA